GAAGCUUCGUGAUCAGUUAUAAAGCCGAGAUGUGUUCUUUGUCGUGGCUUGGAAAUACGCCAAGUGCGCUGGAGUCUGCUAGAUUUGUAUAUAACGAGCUUUUUGCCUGGCCGACUCGAUGAAGGCCUUUUUUUCACCAGUAACGAUUGCAAUCUCCGUCAUUGUCGGUCUUUGUUCGAUCUUGGCUUUCUUUAAGGGACAAGAGCUCCUAGAAGUCGCAGCAAACAACCCCGUCAUCUCCCAACUUCUACCGGCAAAGGCCAUCGCAACCGUAAACACAUCAAAGUUCCCCGAGGGUAGCAUCUCGCAAACCAGCACAACAAUGACCGCCGCGAACACCACCACCACCAGACUCCUUCCUCGGCUCAUUCGCCAAUCCUUCCUCGCCGUUGAGCAAUCCGAAGGCGCUGGCGCCCGCGUGCGCCGCUCCAUCGGAACUCCCAAGUUGAGAAACUUGAGUCCCUUCCUGAUGCUUGACCACUUCUCUGUCUCCCCUGGCGCCGGUUUCCCCGACCACCCGCACCGCGGCCAAGAGACCAUCACGUACCUCCUGCAGGGCGGCAUGGAGCACGAGGACUUUGCCGGCAACCGGGGCCGACUGGGGCCGGGGGACCUGCAGUUCAUGACGGCCGGGCGCGGCAUCGUGCACGCCGAGAUGCCGGUGCAGAACGAGGACGGCAGCCCCAACGUCGGCCUGCAGCUGUGGGUCGACCUGCCGAAGCGCCUCAAGGCCUGCGAGCCGCGCUACCGCGACCUGCGCGCCGACGAGGUGCCCGUCGCCGAGGCCGACGGCGGCCGCGUCCGCGUCAAGGUCAUCAGCGGCCGCAGCCACGGCGUCGACUCGGUCAAGGACCUCGCCUACACCCCCGUCUGGCUGCUCGACGUCGAGAUCCAGCCCGGCGGCCGCAUCGUCCAGCCCCUGCCCGAAGGCUGGAACGCCUUCGCGUACACGCUCGAGGGGGAGGUGCUGUUCGGGGACGGGGACGGCGACGGCGAGGUGGCGGCGGGGCCUGCGCCGCCGCCGCCUGCGCAGCAGCAACAACAACAACAACAGCAACAGCAACAGCAGCAGCGGGCGGUCGGCCCGUUCCACAACGUCGUCUUCGAGGCGGACGGCCAGGCCGUCUACGCGGCCGUGGACGAGCGCGCAGAGAGCAGCGCCCGGUUCGUCAUCGUCGCCGGCACCCCGCUCGACCAGAAGGUGGUCCAGUACGGCCCCUUUGUGCUCACCAGCCAGGAGGAGGUGUACCAGGCCUUUAUGGACUACCAGACCCACUCCAACGGGUUCGAGAGGGCCAACGGGUGGGCGAGCGAGAUUGGCAAGACUAUGGUACAUUAGUAAGGAAGGGGGGGCCGGAGGGGGGGAAGGUGUGGGUGGUAUGUACGUACAGUCUGUCGGGCCAGGUUAGACGAGCCACAGGCCAAUGAUGGAACACGGGAUUGUUGGAUAUCCAGGAGUUGUUUUGUGUGGAUAUGUAUCAAUAUUUACUCUCUUUCCAAGACGUUCAAGUUCUGAGAGCCCAAGGAUCGCAUUCUGUUAUUGAAGAUUGGGCAGGUGAUGUACGGCAUGACCAUAGUAAGGGACUAAAUGAGAAAAAAUAGAAGACAGCCAAACACAUAAUAG